AUGCAGUCGAUCCCCGCGCAUUCGCUCCUACCCGCGGGAAACCCCGCGAACGUCACCGCGCAGGUCGCCGUCCGCGCGCCCUCCCCGGCCGCGCCUCCGCCGAACACGAUGUCGCCUCUGACCACGGGCGCGGGCGUCGCCGUCGCGGGCGUCCUCGCGGGAACGAUGGCGGCGCGCAGGGUCAGGGCGAGCGCCGUCGCGGAGCCGCGAGGGUCGGAUCGCGUCGCGAUGCCGGGCCCCGCGUCGAAGGACGAGCUCGCCGCGUUCAACGAGGAGACGAUGGCGAAGUACGGCCUCCCCGAGAUCGUGAGAGAAGACGCGCACGUGAUGAAAGACGCGGACGGGUACUACGUCGUGAAGGAAGCGUUCCAAAAGCCGACGAACCCGUUCGAGCGCCUGAAGCUCGCGAAAGAUCCGAUGAAGGAGACGAUCCACAUGGCCGGCUUGGAAGCCGCCGCCGCCGCGUCCGCCGCGGACUUCGCCGCCUGGGACGAAGCGAUGAACGACCCGGACGAGGUCGAUCAGCGCUACAAGUGGGCGGGUCUGUUCCACCGACGGAAAAACCACUACGGCAGGUACAUGAUGCGCAUGAAGAUCCCGAACGGCGUCGUGUCCGCCGCGCAAGUGCGCCACCUCGCGCGCGUGGUGGCGUCGUGCGGCGAGGACGGCUGCGCGGACAUCACGACGCGGCAAAACUUUCAACUCCGCGGGCUGCAGCUCAAGGACGCGCCGGAGGUGCUCAAAGGCUGCGCGGACGUCGGUCUGUGCUCGCUGCAGAGCGGUCUGGACAACGUGCGGAACGCGACGGGGAACCCUCUCGCGGGGUUCGAUCCGCACGAGAUCGUGGACACGCGGCCCAUCACUCGCGCGCUUCAAGAUUAUGUCACCGGCGGCGGGCGAGGGAACGCGCUCAUCGCGAACCUCCCGAGGAAGUGGAACGUCUGCGUCGUCGGCGGGCCGGACUUUUACGAGCACCCGGACAUCAACGACCUCGCGUUCAUUCCCGCGGUGAACGCGGAGGGCGUCUUCGGGUUCAACGCGCUCGUGGGCGGGUUCAUCUCGGCGUCGAGAGCCGCGGAGGCGGUGCCCCUGAACGCGUGGGUCCCCGAGAGCGACGUCGUCGCGAUGACGCACGCGGUGCUGACGACGUUUCGCGAUUACGGGCACCGAGGGAACCGGCAGAAGUGCCGCAUGAUGUGGCUCGUGGAGGAGAUGGGUCUGGAAAAGUUCAAAGCCGAGGUCAAGUCGCGGAUGCCGGGCGAGAGGCUCGCGGACGCGGCGCCGAAAGAUUUGAUCGAGGACUCGCCGAUCGAGCGGCGGUCGUACCUCGGCGUGCAUCAGCAGAAGCAGGCUGGAUUGAAAUGGGUCGGCGCGUGCGUCCCCGGCGGGCGCCUGCAAGCCGAGGACUUGGAAGAGCUGGCGGACCUCGUGGAGACGUACGGCACCGGGGACGUUCGACUCACCGUGGAGCAGAAUUUCAUCAUCCCGAACGUCCCGGAGGAUAAAGUCGACGCCCUCCUCGAGGAACCGUUACUGAAGCGUUACACGCCGUUCCCGGGCAAGGUCGUCGCCGGGAUGGUCGCGUGCACGGGACGACAGUUCUGCGGGUUCGCGCAGAUCGAGACGAAGAAGGAGGCGUACGCCGUCGCGGAACACUUGGAGUCGACGUUGGACUUUCCAAACGGCGACCUGCGGAUGAUCUGGACCGGGUGCCCGAACUCGUGCGCGCCCGUGCAAGUUGCGGACAUCGGUCUGAUGGGAUGCCAGAUGAAGAACCCGACCGGGGAGAAGGGCAUGGUCGACGGCGUGAAUAUCUUCCUCGGCGGCACCGUCGGCCCCGGCGGGCAUCUGAAGGAACACCCGGAGAUGGAGAAAGUCGCGUGCGCGGACCUCCCGCGCGUGCUGGAAGACAUUUGCGUCGAACGCUUCGGCGCGAUCCGCAAGGCGACGCCGACCGCGAACCCGGGCAACGCGUCGAGGUGGAAGAUCAACAAGUCCGCGCAGUACACGAAGGGCACGCCGAAGGCGAUGGGUAAAGCGACGCACAUAUGCACCGCGUGCGGGUACAUCUACCAGGAGACCAAGCCGUUCGCGGAGCUGAGCGACGACUUCGUCUGUCCGGCGUGCUCCGCGGAGAAGUCUAAGUUCACCGCGAUGAAAGAGACCUCCGACCCGGUGUCUUCGCGCCCAGUGAAGACGUAUCCGCCCGGGACGCUCCUCGCGCUGCCCGGUCCCGGCGCCGCGGUGGCCCUGAAACUCAUCUCGAAGACGGACGUCUCCGCGGACGCGCGCGUGCUUCGAUUCGCGCUGCCGUCGGAGAAACACGUCCUCGGUCUUCCCGUGGGGCAGCACGUCCGCGUGUCGUUCGCGGACGCCGUCACCGGCGACGUCGUGACGCGACCGUACACGCCGAUCACGUCCGACGACGACCUCGGGUUCGUGGACUUUUGCGUCAAGGUGUACGACCAGGGCGUGAUGACGCGAAAGCUGGACGCGUUGAAACCGGGGGACGAGAUGACGUUCGAGGGGCCCGUCGGCUCGGUGACGUACACCGACCGCGGCGAGUUCACCGUCGUCGACGCCGCGACGGGCGACGCGGAGGUGCGAAAGGACGUGACGCAUCUCGGGAUGAUCGCCGGCGGGACCGGGAUCACGCCGAUGCUGCAGGUCAUCCGACAGGUGUUCAAAGACGUCGGGGACACGACGCGGGUGUCGCUGAUCUUCGCGAACAAGACGCCCGCGGACGUCCUCCUGAAGGCGGAUCUGGACGAGCUCGCGGAGGCGCACGCAAAUUUUUCCGUGCACUACGCCGUGGACGACCCCGGAGACGCCGCGGACGACUGGGACGGGUCCGUGGGGUUCGUGGACGCGAAGAUGAUCGACGCGCAUCUGCCGAAGGCGAACGGAGGGAAGACGCAGGUGCUAAUGUGCGGUCCGCCGGCGAUGAUGGAAAAGGCGGUGAGGCCCGCGUUGGAGAGCUUGGGGUUCGGGAAAGACGCGUACUUGGAGUUUUAAUUAAUUUUAAGCGGCGGCGCGCGGGCGGAAUCCCGAUAUGUUUUUUGCGACGCGCGCGAGUGUUGAAAUGAAAAUGAAUGAAUGCAUUGGAU